GGAGUGCUGGGAAGCACUGGACAUGCCCAUAGUCCCCUUGUCCAAACUCCAAACUUAUCUGCAAUUAUCGUCUCACUCUUCAUUUCUUGCGGCUGUGUAUAUUUGAAUCCAUGGCUUCUCAAAAACUGGUCCGGUUCGUCGGCUUGGAUGAUAUCACCUUGGAAUUGGCUUCUUCUCUUCUCAGUUCCGGCUAUUCCAUUGAAGCAUGCGAGGCAUUCAGUCCUUUGAUCGAUAAGUUCGCAAAACUGGGUGGUAAAGUGUGUGACAGCCCAACUGUAGCAGGGGCAGGAGUAGCUGCUUUGGUCAUAUUGUUAGCUCAUGGUGAUCAAGUCAAUGAUGUUAUUUUUGGUCAUGAAGGUGUUCUAAAAGGGUUAAACAAAGAUGUAGUGAUCAUUCUCCACUCAACUAUAUCACCUUCAGACAUUCAGAAGCUACAUAGAAGUCUAACAGAGGAAUAUGCAAUGGCUUUUGUAGUAGAUAUGUACGUCUCAAAGGCCGUUUCAGAAAAUUUAAAUGAUAAAUUAAUGAUUAUUUCCUCUGGAGGGUUGGAAUCCAUUAAUAGAGCACAAGCUAUUCUUUCUGCAAUGGGUGGAAAACUUUAUGCCUUUGAGGGUGAACUUGGUGCUGGAAGCAAAAGUAAAAUGGUGAUUGAACUUCUUGAGGGCAUUCAUUUUGUUGCUUCUGCGGAGGCCAUUUCUCUUGGCACUCAAGCUGGGAUUCAUCCAUGGAUAAUAUAUGAUAUUAUAUCUAAUGCUGCUGGAAACUCAUGGGUUUUCAAGAACUACGUUCCCCACUUGCUCAAUGGACAAGCGAAACAACAUUUCCUUGAUGUCCUUAUUCAGAAUAUGGGGGCUGCUUUAGAUGUGGCCAAGUCCAUGAUAUUUCCUCUUCCCCUUCUGACAGUUUCCCAUCAACAACUUGUAGCAGGAUCAUCGAAAGGGAAAGACAAUUAUUGUUCAUUGCUCAAGGUUUGGGAAUUCUUACUAGGGGUAAAUAUCAGCGAAGCAGUCAAUGCGGAAAGUUACAAACCUGAUGAGCUGGCUGGUCAUCUUACUGCCAAUUCAUAUACCGUGAAACGUAUUGGUUUUGUUGGUCUUGGAGCAAUGGGAUUUGGCAUGGCAACUCACUUGUUGAGAUUAAAUUUCUCUGUCAUUGGUUUUGAUGUAUACAAACCUGCACUCUCUCGAUUUGUUAGUGAAGGUGGCUUGACUGGUGGUACCCCAGCAGAAGUAGCACAAGAUGCUGAUGUACUUGUUAUAAUGGUCACCAAUGAAGCUCAAGCUGAAAGUAUUCUAUAUGGAGACAAUGGUGCUGUGCCAGCACUUUCACACGGAGCAUCUAUCAUCCUCAGCUCCACAGUUUCUCCGGCAUUUGUCAGCCAAUUGGAGAAGCGAUUACAGAAUGAACAGAAGAGUUUGAAAUUAGUGGAUGCUCCUGUUUCUGGUGGUGUAAAGAAGGCCUCUAAUGGAACACUUACGAUAAUGGCAUCGGGUACUGAAGAAGCCCUCAAGCACACUGGUAGUGUGCUUUCUGCACUAAGUGAGAAGCUCUAUGUUAUAAAUGGAGGCUGUGGAGCUGGAAGUGCUGUGAAAAUGGUAAAUCAAUUGCUUGCUGGAGUUCAUAUUGCAUCGGCAGCUGAGGCUAUGGCAUUUGGCGCACGAUUGGGCCUUAAUACAAGAUUGUUGUUUGAUGUCAUCAUAAAUAGUAGAGGAACAUCUUGGAUGUUUGAGAACCGUACUCCGCACAUGGUAGAGAACGACUAUACACCAUUGUCUGCACUCAAUAUCUUUGUAAAGGAUCUGGGAAUUGUUUCUCGUGAAUGCUCAUCACGUAGAGUGCCUCUUCAUCUCUCUUGUCUUGCGCACCAAUUAUUCUUGGCAGGUUCUGCUGCUGGAUGGGGUAAAUUAGAUGAUGCCGCUGUUGUGAAGGUGUAUGAGAGACUGACUGGAGUAACCGUUGAAGGGAAGCUCCCAGUUCUCAGUAAAGAAAUUGUCUUAAACUCCCUUCCUCCUGAGUGGCCUGAGGAUCCCAUCAGUGAGAUAUGCAAAUUUACUACAAACUUCCCAAAAACUUUGGUUGUUCUGGAUGAUGAUCCAACUGGCACUCAAACUGUGUAUGGUGUUGAGGUCUUGACUGAAUGGAGUGUUGGAUCGCUUCUUGUGGAGUUCAGAAAAAGGCCUAAAUGUUUCUUCAUUUUGACCAACUCCAGGGCAUUAAGUUCAGAGAAGGCAAGUGCACUGAUAACAGAAAUCUGCAGAAACUUACAGACUGCAUCUAGGUCUGUUGAGAAUUCUGACUACACUGUAGUGCUAAGGGGGGAUUCUACUUUACGCGGUCAUUUUCCUGAGGAAGCAGAUGCUGCUGUAUCUGUACUAGGUGAAAUGGAUGCAUGGAUAUUGUGCCCUUUUUUCCUGCAAGGAGGUCGUUACACUAUAGGAGAUGUACACUAUGUUGCAGAGUCUGAUAGAUUUAUUCCUGCAGGUGAGACAGAAUUUGCAAAAGAUGCAUCUUUUGGCUAUAAAUCUUCAAACCUCCGUGAGUGGGUGGAGGAAAAAACUAGAGGAUGCAUACCAGCUAGCGUUGUUUCGUCAAUUACUAUCCACCUUUUAAGAGAAGGGGGGCCCAAUGCUGUUUGUGAACAUAUCUGUAGUUUGAAAAAGGGCACAGCAUGUAUAGUCAAUGCAGCUAGUGACAGAGAUGUCGCUGUAUUUGCUGCUGGGAUGCUUCAGGCAGAAUUGAGAGGAAAACGUUUCUUGUGUCGGACUGCUGCUAGUUUUGUCUCUGCUCGGAUGGGGAUUAGACAAAUACCUCCAGUUUCACCUAAUGAUGUUGGCAUAAACCAGGAAUUGAGUGGUGGACUUAUCGUUGUCGGCUCACAUGUUCCGAAAACAACAAAGCAGGUUGAAGAACUGAAAUUGCAAUUCGGCAAUUUGCUGAAGACAAUAGAGAUCUCAGUGGAUAGAGUUGCCAUGAAGACAUCAGAAGAGAGGGAGGAAGAAAUCAAUCAAACGGCGGAAAUGGCUGAUAUCUUCCUUAAAAAUCGUAAAGACACUCUUAUUAUGACCAGCCGAGGGCUUGUUACUGGGAAAACUGCUUCUGAGAGUUUGGAGAUCAAUUUCAAGGUUAGUUCUGCACUAGUUGAGAUUGUUCGGCGGAUAACCACAAGACCUCGAUACAUAAUUGCGAAGGGUGGAAUUACCUCAUCAGAUAUUGCAACAAAAGCUCUUGAAGCAAAACGUGCCAAAGUUGUUGGGCAAGCUCUUUCUGGUGUUCCUUUGUGGCAGCUAGGCCCUGAAAGCAGACAUCCCAAAGUUCCAUAUAUUGUCUUCCCUGGGAAUGUUGGUGACAGUAAAGCUCUGGCAGAGAUAGUGAAAUGCUGGGCUCAUCCAGGCAGACCUUCAACUAGAGAGCUUCUUGUGGAUGCUGAAAAGGGGGGAUACGCUAUUGGUGCUUUCAAUGUCUACAACAUGGAAGGAGUUGAAGCAGUUGUUGCUGCAGCAGAGGAUCAAUGGAGUCCUGCUAUUUUACAGAUCCACCCAAGUGCUUUCAAGGAAGGUGGAGUUCCUCUGGUUGCAUGUUGUGUAGCUGCUGCAGAACAUGCUACUGUUCCUAUUACGGUUCACUAUGAUCAUGGAAGUUCCAAGAAAGAGUUAUUGGAAGCUCUUGAGAUUGGGUUUGAUUCAGUCAUGGUUGAUGGCUCACACCUCCAAUUUGAAGAAAACAUUUCUUACACAAAGUACAUCUCGGUAUUGGCACACGCAAAAAAAAUGUUGGUGGAAGCUGAGUUGGGAAGAUUGUCAGGUACAGAAGAUGACUUGACUGUGGAAGAUUAUAAAGCUAAGUUGACCAAUGUGGAUCAGGCUAAUGACUUCAUUGAGGCUACAGGGAUAGAUGCACUGGCGGUGUGCAUUGGGAAUGUCCAUGGGAAAUACCCUCCUAGUGGCGUGAAUCUCAGACUUGAUUUGCUUAAGGAUCUCUAUGGUUUGUGUUCGAAGAAAGGGGUUCAUCUGGUUCUCCACGGAGCUUCUGGAUUGUCCAAGGAAAUCAUCGAGGAGUGCAUAAAGCUUGGAGUGAGAAAGUUCAAUGUGAACACCGAGGUGCGUGAGGCUUAUAUGAACGCACUCAGUGGUUCCAAAAAAGACCUCAUUCCCAUGAUCAAGUCUGCAAAGGAAGCCAUGAAGGCCGUGGUUGCAGAGAAAAUGCAUCUUUUCGGAUCAUCAGGAAAAGCACAUUGAAAGCUAAAUUAUGCAUCAUCAACACUCUUUGUUGCCAUGGAAGUAAUCGCCCCUCCCACAAAGUGUUUCAUCUCUCCUCGAUCUCAAACUCUAGUCUAUGUUUGGUCGGUUUUCAUCUCUCCUCGAUCUCAAAGUCUAGUUUCUUCAUAACUUGUUUGGUCAGUUUUCGAAAAAGACCGACCGAAAAAGUUAUAAAGAACAACCGUUCAAGGUCUUUGGUGAGUCAAUCAAUGUUACUUGUGUAACCAUUAUCAACUAAUUCCACCUCACUUUACCUUCUCUUUAUUUGCAUCGAAAACCCUCGCCUCCCUGUUACCGGACAUACGUACUGUAAGACUACUUGCUACUCAUUAGCUAUUAUUGAACCAUGGAGUAUCAAAAUCAUUAAUGAAUUAAACUCUGCAAGCAAUUGAACAUGGCGAGUUUGAAUUUCAAAGACUAAAGAACAACAUUAUUG